AUCUGAUCCGAGAGAGAGCCUGUCACCUUUGCUCAUACCAAUAUCGCUGUCAACUGGACGCUCUGUCCAGCACCCAACGCUGACCAAUAUGAUCGAACCCCGUGCAGCAAAGAAAUCCAAGCCACCCAAUGCACGACAGCUCUUGAAUGAGUGGAAUGUCAAGGUAUAUGCGGGAGUGGUUGCUGGUGUGAUUGCGGCUCUUAUUAUCUACCAUUGGGCGCAAUGGAUUAGACGCAAAACAUCAAAGUCGACAAGGACUGGCUCGUCUUCGCCCCUUGCCAAGGCUUCUAGAAAGAUUCGCAGCCUACUGGUUCGCAAGGUGCCGGGGUUUCCAACGGGAGGCCAUGCCUUGCUGACGAUUGCGUUCAUCGGUGUCAAUAUUGUCAUGUCUUUUCAUCACGUUGAUAAAGAAAAGAUGAGCAACUUUGCUGCACGAUUUGGAUGGAUGUCGACGGCGAACAUGGCGCUCUGCGUCUUCUUCGGUCUGAAAAAUACCCUCCUCGGUGUCUUGACCGGACACUCCUACGAAAGACUCAAUUUCUUCCACCGAAGGCAGAACCGGUGGAGCACCCUACUCGAAGUGCAAAACUGGGAGGGCAUUGGCGCAGGCUUGGCCAUGCUCCUCCUACUCAUGGGCUUGGCCAGGAAUUUUGGCUAUGAGUGGUUCUACGUGAGCCACAUGGUGGGAUUCCUGCUCGCCAUUAUUUUCACUGGGCUUCACAGGCCCUACUGGAUAUGGAAGAUCCCUGUGGCAAUGGUCUUCAUCGCCGCAAUUUGGGGGCUUGACCGUCUGAUUCGAGGGUCGAGGAUGCUGUACAACCUUGUCAACAACAGCGCCACCAUUUACCGAUUACCUGACAACGGUGUUCGUCUGGUCAUCAAGAAACCUCUGUCGGGUGCUACUCCGGGCUCGCAUUGCUUCGUCUGGAUCCCCGGCGUUCGCCCAUUCCAAACACACCCCUUCACCAUUGUGUCCAACACCCCUCACGGGGGGCUGGAGUUGGUCCUCAGCUCCUAUGAUGGUUUCACGAAGGCCUUGCAUGAUCGAGCUAAUACCGAGGCUGGGACAACUGUGUGGGCUUCUGUCGACGGACCCUAUGGGGCAUUCUCUAACCCGAAGAAACACGACAAGGUGGUCUUGAUUGCCGGCGGCAGCGGGGCUACGUUCACCUUCGGGUUGGCAACGAACCUCUUACAGCACUUGGAGUCCGAAUCCCAUAAGCGUGUUGACUUCAUCUGGGCUGUUAGAAAGAGGGAAAAUUUAGAAUGGUUCACGGAUCACCUUCAGUCACUGAGCCAACACGGCGCAGGGGUGAACGUGUUAUUCCACAUUACUCGGGAGGGCUCCGUGGCCUCCUUGAGCGAGUUGUCGGAACUAAAUGUCUCAUCGCCCACUUCCCUGAAGUCACCGAAGGAGAAAGUUGAAGCUCUCCUGCCAGAGCCUGGCACGGAGCAGAGCAAGGAAACUCUCCCUUCGACGGUGGCAGUUCCACAGGGAGAUAGGUCGUUGGGUCUGGAGGGGCUGUGCGAUAUCAAGUUCGACAAAUUGAGAGCUGGAGAAGCUAUCACUCAAACACUGCAGUCAGCUGCGCCUGGUCAGCGGGUGUUGAUAGCUGCUUGCGGUCCGCAGUCCCUGACUGAAAUUGUUCAGAACGCUGCUGCACACUGCAUUGCUUCUGGCGAAAUCAGCAUAGAAGUACACUGCGAGAACUUCGGAUGGUAA